UCUUUGUCAUGUGUCUAAUGUCAUAAUAACUCCGUCUUGAUACACAACUUGCAUAUCGUCGUCUUCUUCAACUUCAAAUCUCAAAAUUUUCAUUCAUCAAUCUCCUUCAACAUCACUCAACAUCCAACUUUAUCUUCCAAAUUUUUCUUGUGUUUGCUCGAUGAAAAUGUAUGCAAACGAAUCAACUUUUGUAGCCAAUCUUCCACUCGAAACACGCAACAGUUUUCGUGAAGUCUCGUUCUCAUCCUACUUGAACAAAACCGAAGAAAACAUGGUCCGAAAGCUCGCGAAUCAAGCUUCGGAGCUCCCAAACGAUCACCACUACCGUGUCAAACCCGAAGACGACGAAGAAAUUGGUGUUUUCGGUGCGGAAAAGUACUUCAAAGGCGAAAUUGAAGGUGAAGUAAAUCAGAAUGAUCUCAGAUUCAUUGAUACUAGUGACCCCACCACAAAAAUGGAUCAAAAACUUGAAGAAUUUGAUAACAAUUUCUCUACAAAAGUAAGAGGUGAGCAAACAAUUAUGCACACUCCAAGUGUUCGAUCAAAUGCUAGCUGCAAUAGUCGAAGCGGGUUGUUACCGCGUAACAAAGAUUCUACUCGAAAGAUCGAAAACGGAAGCAAAAGUAGAACGUUUCUCGCUAGAUUCGGUUGCAACUGUAUGAACAAGAAAUCAACUCUGAUCUACGAGAAACAAUUCAUCCACUCGAACACGAAAACUGGAUCCGAUUUUGAUCAGAAAACCGACCGGUUGUUGGAUAAAACGAAGGAGAAGAAACCCAGAAAUCAGUACUUUAGCUUCCCGGUAUUGAACUCGAACUCGAAUGAUCCGAAUCGGAAUUCGGUAUCGAAUUCGAGUUCGAAUUCAAAAUCUGGUAAUUUGGCGGGAAAAGUAGUUAAAGUUGAUAACAAUAAUAAUAGUAAUAGUAAUAGUAAUAAUAAUAUUGGGGGACGUUUAAGCAUCGGAAAGAAAAUAAGUUUGUUGAGUGAUUUGGAAGAUGAAAUGUACAACUCGUCAAGCAGGAUGUACAACAACGAGGUGGAUAGCGACUCGAGCUCGGAUUUGUUUGAGAUCGAGAGCUUUUCGCCUACGGGAGACAGUUCGUGUUUGGGUCAACGGAAGUCAAACUGUUACGCGCCUAGUGAGGUUAGCAUUGAGUGGAGUGUGGUGACGGCGAGUGCGGCUGAUUUCUCGGUGGUUUCGGAAUUUGAGGAUGUAAGGACAGGUGGCGGUGGUGGUGGUUGGAGAAAUUCUGGUGGGAUGGGUCGGGUUCGGGUUAAGGAUAGUAAAGAUGAGCAAAGGAAACGGUCGGGUAUUCUUUCCGGUUGUGCGAGUUAUAAAGCGGUGAGAGUGGCCGGAGAUGAGCGUAAGGUUGGUGGCGGUGAGGCGGGAGGGCGGACGCGGUUAUCGGAUUCUACGGCAGUGGGAAGUGUGUUUCGAGGGGGAAUGAUUUGACCCGAUAGGAUCAAACUACGAUUCAGAUGAGUUGCGUCGCCUUUGAAGUUAAAAGUGGAGCUCCCGUUCGAGCAUCGGGAGAAACAUUUUCUUUAAGAAAAAAGGUGUGGCAUGCUUUAUGACUCUUGUACAUUGAGCAAUGACAUAAGUACAUAGGAAUUUUCUGGUAUAAUAAUAAUAAUAAUAAUAAUAAUAAUAAUAAUAAUAAUAAUAAUAAUAAUAAUAAUAAUAAUAAUAAUAAUAUUGAUGAUGAUGAUGAUGAUGAUAAUAAUGUGUAUUAUUUGUUUUCUUUCUGAGUUUGAUUCUUGAUGUUUUUUUAUUAUCAGGAAAUAUGUGUCGGUGUAUUAUAUAUUCUGUUCAUGAACGAUUGUUUGUGUUUGU